AUGGUUGAUCUCGUGGAGCUGUGCAGGUACUCCCCACAGAUCGUGGCCAAUGGCAAGACCAUCGUCAUCGACAAUUCUUCAGCCUUUAGGUAUAAAGAUGACAUCCCGCUCGUGGUUCCUGAGAUCAACUCGGACGCCAUGAAGGGCAAGUUGCUGAUCGCCAACCCGAAUUGCACCACCGCGAUCGCAGCCAUGGCGCUUUGGCCGCUUCACAAGCGAUUUCGCCUGCGGAAAGUCAUUGUUUCCACGUAUCAGGCAGCAAGCGGCGCAGGUGCAGCGGGCAUGACGGAGCUGGAGGAGGGCACCCGACAGGCGCUUGAGAACCAGCCGCACGUCAACGAGGUUUUUGCGCAUCCGCUGCCCUUCAAUGUGAUCCCGCACAUAGAUGCCUUUCAGAGCAACGGCUACACGAAGGAAGAGAUGAAAGUUGUCUGGGAGACCCAGAAAAUUUUCGGCGAGAAGGAUCUGUCGUGCAGCUGCACGGCCGUGCGCAUCCCAACAAAGCGUGCCCAUUCUGAAGCCAUCACCAUCGAAACUGAGGAGGAGGUGACCCCCGAGGCUGCCAUGGAGGUUUUGAAGGGCGCGCCGGGCUUGCAGGUGGUGGACAAUCCAGCUGAGAAGCAGUAUCCGAUGCCACUGACAUCGACGAAGAAGUACGAUGUAGAGGUAGGACGGAUCCGGUCUUCUUUGGUCUUUGCUCCCAAGGGCUUGGACCUCUUCGUGUCCGGUGACCAGCUCCUGCGCGGGGCUGCGCUCAAUGCAGUCUUGAUCGCGGAGGCGAAGCUGCGGGAAUCGUAG